AUAAAAAUGUCGUCUGCGGUGAGAAGUCCGCGGAAAAAGGCAGCAAGUGACACGUCUGAUCCUGAUCGCACCAGCUCACCAUACAGUCUCCGUGAAACAUCUAAAGUUCCAUCGAGAUAUCGUAAUGAAGAACUAUACCUAUCACCGUCUCGCAGUAUCAAACGUACCGGAUCUCCCAAAAAAUCUCCCGCGAAACGCCUGAAUGGAGGUAGAGAUUCUCCUUCAGUGAACUCAUUGACCCGAAACUCAAGUCUAACAAUGCUCGCAAAGGCAGCUCUUGAUUAUGAAUCUUCCAGUUGUGCUUUGGAAUAUAUUUUCCAGCCAAAAGAAGAACGACGCCCUCCACGCAGAGCUCUUGCUCUGUCUCCGCCUCCAGCACCAAGUAAUGAUCUUCUCGCAAAGGAUCUGGAGAUGAUUGAGAUGCAUCAAAACCUUGUAGCAGGUCUUGAUGAUUUAGAUAAUCCUGCGAAUAUGACAAAUGAAGCUGUAGAACAUCGAGAUACACAGUCAUUCUUCAACAUGUUCAGUACAGAUCAAGAACGAAGUGCCAUGAUGAAACAAUUCAAAACGUAUAAAAAUCAAACAAGUGAAGAUGUGAGCACAUUUAUGAGAGCUAAUAUAAAGAAACUCUACAAUUUGCUCCGAUAUAAGAAAGCUCGUCAAUGGGUCAUGUGCGAGUUCUUCUAUUCUGCAAUCGACGAACAAAUUUUCAAAGAAGAAAACGAGUUUGCCACAAUUAUCCGCGAAUCUUUCCCAAAUCUGAAAAAUUGGAAUUUAACGCGUAUUGAGUGGCGGUCGAUUCGAAAACUUCUCGGAAAGCCACGUAGAUGCUCGAAAGUGUUUUUUGAAGAAGAAAGAAUGUACCUGGAAGAGAAAAGAAUGAAGAUUCGAAGUGUCUAUGAAGGAAGUUAUCUUAACGAUCCAUCGAUUGAUCUAAAAGAUCUUCCAGCCAAGCUUCCACGUCCAAUGGUGGUUGGAAAUCGUGUAUUUGCGAGAAUUCGAAAUCCCUACGAUGGAAUUUAUUCUGGAAUUAUUGAUGCUGUCAUUCCGAAAGGAUUCAGAAUUAUUUUUGACAAGCCAGAUAUCCCACCAACACUGGUUAGUGACACGGAAAUACUUCUCGACGGAAAACUUGAUUUGUUGAGUAUCGCCUACUUCAUUGAACAAGCCAACUCUAAGCUUCCAUCAGGCGUUCGUCCAUUUGUAGCAGCAGUUCGUGACUCAUCACAUCCACAUCUUGUUCGUGACGUCCUGGUUUCUCGAAAAAUCGAGAGAAGUGGUGGACCAUUAAUGGGACCGAACGACGAACGAUUAAAUGGAAAAAAUGCAGAAAUGGUUGGAAAUUUCCCGCUGAAAUUCCUUGUGAAUCUUGUGAAACUGACGAAAUUAAUUGAUAUCAAAAAGGGAUUGAUACGACAAUUGAACGAAUUGAAUGCGGAUGCCGAGAUACAAAAUAUGACGUCAGACAAAUAUUCGAAAGCUUUUCAGGAGAAAUACGCCAAAACUAUCAUCGAUCUGGAACAUGUGAAUCAGAAUAUAGAUAUCAAUAUGAAUGGAAUUCAAGAUCACCAUAUGUAUUUCUCUUCGAAUGAUAUUUCAACGUCAAAUAUGAAACCUGAAGCAGUUAGACAAAUGUGCUCUCAACAAGCUGGAAGAUUUGUAGAGCACUGUAAUCAAGGAUUAAAUGUAGAGAAUGUGCAUGCGUUGACACUUAUUCAAUCAUUGACAGCUGUCCUUUUACAGGUUCGCACAAUGGGAACUCAAAAGAUCUCUGCAGUUGAUCUUCAAUCACUUGGUGACGCCAUAUCUGAAAUUCGGACCGCUAUUCACCCCCGCAACGUGGCAUUCUUCCAAGACUACGUUGAAGUUCAUAUGAAACAAUUUCACACAAUUAUGCUCGAAAGUGGAGCACUAGCUGGAACUGUAUCGAACAGAAAAUAACUAAAAGCGUCUCAUUUUGUCCAAAAAAACGCCAACCGGUCCCGUCAGUUUUUGUUUUUCUGAAUAUUCUCAGUUCUCUCAUCUCUGCUCUCUCUCUCUCCCCACCUUCUUCAAUCACUUUGUGUCUUUUCAAAAUUGUACCCGAUCAUGAGACACAUCCCCAUUUUUCUUAUUUUUUAAAAGUAGUUCAACCUUGAUAAUUCGAAUGUGCCAAAAUUCUAUUUUCUUCCUCAUUGUCAUCAUCAUCAUCAUCAGUUUUCGAGAAAAACGAGCCAAAUAACGAAACCCUUGUCAGUUAUACUCCACUAUUUUUUAUUUUACUGACUGUCUAGAAAAUAAAUAAAAUUUUAAAGUUUC